AUGGACGUGGACCUGCAGGCGCCGACCGACAUCACCGUCAAUGUCCUCAGCACCACGGGUGACAGAGCGGGCGGGGGCCAGGCCGCAGGUAGCAGCGCUGGCGGAAGUGCCGCCACCAUCACCAGCACCCGUGGCGGCAGCACCGCCGGCAGCCACACCGGUGGAGGCCAACCGAACGGCGACAGCAACGGCAAAGGGCAACCAGGCAACAGCAGCCCCGGGGCCACUGAAUGCUCAGUCGCCGAACUUGUGGCAGCACAGCGCCUGCACUGCCAGUACGGUCACCUCAGUUACCAUGUGCUGAAGCAGCUGAUCAGCAAGCGGAGGAGGCCGUCUGCAAUCAUGAUAGGGAUGAGCGGGAGCCAACGGAAACAUUUAAAAGCAUGA